AUGCCAAUGACGGACGAGACUGAUCAUAGUGGCGGGGUGAUCCUGGACGGUCCCUUUGAUCCUGAUGCCCAAGCUACUGUGACAGACUACAUCGACUACACCGAAUACCUCCCCGCCGAUAUCAUCCGCUCUCUCACCCUCAUCCGUGGCCUUGACGAUCGCUAUCUCGAAUCGGCGCAGUCCGUACACAACCUGACGAAGAGCUACGGUCAUCUCCCUGAAACCGCCUCCGAUGAACGCCCGAGCGCGGUCGAGCUGCGCAGGGAUAUCUCUCUCCAGCUUGAUCGCGCAAUCAAUGCUCGCGAAUCUUCCUACGCUGAGGCCUGUCGCCUUUACGACGUCGUUGAUCGCCACUUCGACCGCUUGAGCUGCAUUCGCCAGAAGCUUGAUGCGCUCCCAAGACCUCCAUCCGAGGAACCUACUCCGCCCCCCGAGCCUACACCAAAGCGCCCCCGCAAGAAGGAUGCUACCACGCCGCGUAUUACCCUUCGGCUGGACAAUAGCAAGCGCAACAACAACAAGAAGUCUCGACGCCGUGCGGAGCAUCUGGGCGGUUUCAACCCGGAUUCCCCCAUCGCUAGUACCGAGCAAUCCGAUGCAGAACAACCGACUAAGUCCCGGAAGAAGGAAAAGUCAGCGCGGCGACCCAGCUCAGGGGUGGGCUUUUCCACAAGGGAUGCUCUCGCCUUGCUUAAACCUCCGCCGGCGGAUGCCAAGGUUGGCAGCGAGGAUCUGCCAUGGUUGCGAUUGACUGAAUGGGAAAUGACCAAGCUGCGAAAGAAGAUGAAGAAGAACGCGGUUUGGCAGCCCAGCGAGGUUAUGAUUCAUCGCGAGCUUGCCCUCUCCGGACGUGGCUGGGAGGCGUAUCGGGCCGCCAAACUCCUUGCGGCCGAGAACGGCACAGAAUUCAUUGAUUGUGACAAUCUCGAGGAAACGCGACGCGAUGAGAUGGACAAGGAUGCCGAAGAAACAAAACUCAGUAAUCGUGGCAUGAAACUGAAUGAAGCCAAGAAACUAAAGCGCGAACAGCUCGCACGAGAAGAACGUGAACUGCUAGCCAGAGGUGUUGUUUCCAGCCCUCAGGUCAACCGAAAGAGAAAGCAUGACGACAUUGCAGAGGAUGACCUAGCUCUCGAGCUGGAAGCCAAGGCCGAAGUCGAGGCUCAGCCCAAACCUCAGACUAAGUCUCAGCCUGAACCCGAGCCCCAACCCGAAUCUCAACCUGAACCGAAACCCGAACGCGAGCCUACUAGUACUAGCAAUACAUCUGUGCCUGUGCCAUCAGCAGGCUCGACACGCCGCCGAUCGAUUCGAGCAGCUGCCCCUGCAGAAAUUGCUCCUGAAUCUCCCGAGAAUGCUCCUCAACCCCCUCCCUCUCCAACAGGUUCGCGACGAUCCACUCGGUCCGCCAUACAGCAUGCCGGCACAACCACGCCUCCCGCCACACGCCCUUCAUCACGGCGAUCUGCGGCGGCCGCAACGACCGAGUUUGGGUCUUUGUUGGGAGACGCCAAAGCCGGUGGACGCGAUAUCCGCAUCAAGAGUGCCACACCUGCUCGCAAAACCCCCGUUCGAGAACAACCUCAUGCCCCAAACGUUCCUGCACCAACCCGGCGCCGCAAGCGCCCGGCCCCUGGUCCCAUUUCUACCGGUCAAGAUGGCGGCGCGGCUGUUAGUUACGGCCGUCGUAAGGCUAAGCCUAAGAAGCGCAUCAGCACCGGGAAGGCCCAGGACAGCACCGGCAAGCUUCAGGAUAUGGAUAUCCGGAUUGAUGAGGAUGGCGUCGUUGAGGAAAUCGCGGACGAGCCACGCUACUGUCUAUGCGGCGAUGUGAGUUUCGGUUUGAUGAUCUGCUGCGAGAACCAAGACUGUGACAAGGAAUGGUUCCACCUCGACUGCGUCGGUCUAUCGGAAGUUCCGCCACGGACGAGUAAAUGGUUCUGCCCGAGCUGCAGACAGCCGGGAACGGAUGGGAUUGUCAAGGCUGGCUCACGGCGUUGA